AGUUAUGAUUUUGAUAAUUAUAGAAUAUUCAUCUUCUAAUUUAAAAUUAUUGAGAUUUUAAUACUGAUAUUUGGACAUUUUGCCCAUAGUUUCGGGCAUCAUGUCGGAACCUGAAAAAGGGAUAGAUGGCCCAGGAGAAAAGGAACAAAAAUCACAAAUUGAACCGGCAAUUCCGCUCGAAGAAAGUCGUGAAGUUCAAGAUGUUACACACGAUUUAGAAAAACCUUCGCAACAAGAUGAUGUAGACAAAAAUGCAGAAGUAGAAGUUGAGCAGAAUAAAACUGAUGAAAAGAAAUUGGCAGAAUCUAUGAAACGAAAAUUAGAGGAUGAUAGCAAUUCUGGUGAUCCAGAAGAGGACGCAAAAAGAAUGAAAGUAGAAGAAGUGGAUGUGGAUAACAAUCAGGAUCAAACUGUUGAUACAGAGGAAGGAUUCUUGGAUUCUGAUAUUUCCAAACUGGAAAAAAUGAUAACGAAUCAGAAAAAUUGCAAAAUCAAAUCCAGAACUGAAAAAGUGCUGGAAACUGAAUCUACCGUUGCGAAGGCAAAACCAUUACUAGAUGAAGUUACAAACUUAGAGAAGAAAGAAAAGGAAGUUGAAGACAAUAAGAAGCCAGAAAUGACUGAUAUUGAAAUGACUGACAAAUCCGUAGAAAGUAUUGUUGACUUGAGCAAAUCCAAGGAGCCAAAUGAAGAUAAAGAAAAUGUUGUAGUCAAAAAAUCUGACGUUGAUGGUAUCACUGAUAUUAUAAUUGCUGAUACUGGAGAUGCUGAUGUAAUUGUUGUUAGCGAUGAUGAACUUGGACUUAGUCCAGGAAAGAAUAGCAAAACAGAAACAUUGAUAAAGCUUGCAAGAAUGCAUAAAACGCAAGAGAGUCGCAUUCGACAACUUCGUGACUCUGUUCGAAGAGAAGAAGCCAAGUUGGUACUACUAAAAAAACUGCGGCAAAGUCAACUUUCAAAAUAUCAACAGUCGACUACAAAUGUCGCAAGCACAAAACCUAGCACAACACCUUCUCAAUACAGUUCGUCAAGCAAUCAACGAAGCACCAAUGUGUCUACAAACUAUUCUUCGAAGCAAAAAUCUUCGAGCACUAUCUCAUCGCAGAAAUCGCAAGGAUAUAAAACAUCAAGUUCUAGUAGUAGUAGCAGUGGAACUAGCAGUGCUCAAUUACAAGCAAAUCGCAAUGCGCUCGCGGCCAUGAUGCAAAUGCCUCAGCUUAUGCAAGCGGGAAAUCUGUUGCGUGGCUCACAUGGCAAUAAUCCAUUACUUCUUGGACAAGGUGACUUGGCAGCUAAUAUGCAGCAAUUUUUAUUACAACAGCAAAAAGCUUUACAGCAGCAGCAAAAACGACCCAUUGCUCCUGCAAUGUCUUAUAAACAACAACAGGCGGCUGCGAAGCUUGCUCUUCGUAAACAGCUUGAAAAAACACUUCUUGAAAUUCCUCCGCCUAAACCACCUCCACCUGAAAUUACAUUCUUACCAAGUGCUGCAAGCAAUGAGUUUAUAUGCUUGAUGGGUUUGGAGCAAGUCGUCAAUAAGAUUCAACAUUUGCAAAAUAAAAAUUUGCGCAAGGAAGAAAAAGAGAGAGAAGAAAACAUUCCUGUUCCGCAUAUUUGCAUGCAGUGCAAAAAAGAUUUCAGUCCACUUUGGAAGCAGUAAAAGAUAAACCUGAUGGUUAUAUGCUUGAGUUGUGUCAAUACUAAUCAGAAAAAGGCACUCAAGGCUGAACACACCAAUCGACUGAAAACUGCUUUCGUCAAAGCUUUGCAGCAAGAACAGGAAAUUGAACAGAGGAUGCAGGAACAACAAGCGCAGAUGCAACAGACUCAAGCCAGUCAAUCUGCCCAGGUCACCAAUCAAAGCCUGACUGCCGCUGUUGUAGCUGCGGCAACACAACUGCAACAACAGCAAGCACAAUUGAAGAAACUUCAAGAAGAACAGUUGCGUCGUCAUCAGAAAAUACUUCAAAGAGCUCAACAGGAGUACCAACAACAACGCUCUAACACAAGUUCUGGUAGUUCAAGUGGGGGAUUUCGUCCUCAAAGUCAAUCAAGAUCAUCAACAACGCUGCCUUUUCCAUUUAAUACCAGUUCAUUGAAGCCAGAAGAACGCCAAUUGCUUCUUGAUAUGAUGCCACCACGAGCUCGGGCGGCAAAUACUGGAAGUCAAGCCGAUAAAUGGAAGCAAGGCUGGAAAUGGAAAUGAUAUGUGCCCUUGUCCUAUUCCAUUGUGUGCUACAAUUAGAUCAAGUCAUGAGCAUGCGAGACACAUAGCCUUCAAUAUAACUGGAAAUUCAGAUGUAUUUCUAUUCAUUUUUGAUCAGAAAUCAAGUGCUUUGAUGUCAUUUAAAUGGUGGAUUGCUGUUAUGCAUUACAGAUCAAUGUUAAUUGUAAGGAACUUGUGUAUUGUUUUUGAUUGUGGUCCUGUUCUUGUGCAUUGCAUUCCUAUUUAGUGAAUAUGUAUCACUUCAAUUCAACAAACUGAUCUGAUACACAUUUAUUUAAUAUUUUUAUGUGUUAUAUAACCAAGUUCCCCUGUGGAAAUAUUAAAUUAUGUUGGUUUGUGCGACACAUUGAAUUAUGUAGAUUUUAUUGGGUAUAUGUACUUAUUCUCAAGCGGUGCCAAAAUGUGGGUACUUUGUGGGUAUGUAAUAAACCUAUUUUUCACGCCCAUGCAAGGUCUGAGUCUUCACUGAUAUUGCAAACAUUACAAGUUAUAGGCAAGACUGAUUGGCUGAGGCCUAUAUAGUUGUUGAUACAUAUUGAUGAUAGUUUGGAGUAAAUUUACUGUAUCAGUUACAGUAUUUUUAGUACUAAUAAAUUAGUGUUUUUCUGGGUGUUGUAUAUAGUGAGAAACCGAUUUAUUAAUGAGAUGUUGCGUUAAUAGUCAUUUGUUGAUGUAAAGAUGAACAUGGUAUCAAUAGGUUAUUUCUUUCACACUCUCGUAGUUUCGAUUUCUGUCGGAAUGGUUUAUGCAUAAAUUAUUAAUGCCUUGUGAAGCUUGUUUCAAUAACGCUUUGAUUAUUUUUUGUGGUUUUUCUGUACAUAGCUAGGAAAUUGUGGUGGAGAAUUUUGUGUUAGCAUGAUAUAUGCUACUGGCUUGAUACUAUUAUAAGCUAGAAUUUUUUUGUAAGAAAUUGUAUAUGUUUUUGCCAGAAACUCGAACAUACUCAAACCACCGGUAAUCUAAUACAUCAGGCCCUUUUUUUAUUACAGCCUGGCAAAUAUCUGGUAGUAAUCUCAUUCGAUUGCCGGUGGUGAUUGCCUGCCUUAGAAUCGGAAGUUUAAGCAAUGCUCAAAAAUGUUAUUCAACAGUCAUUUUGGAAAGAUACAGACAAUAAAAAUAAUUUCUAGUUGCAUUAUAAGUACAUCAUGUAUACCAAAUCAUAAUGGCUUUUAUCAUGAUUUUGGGGUGACAACAAGAAUUAUGUUGCUCACUUUGAGUUUUCUAGAAAAUUUGAUUUUCUUUGGGCUAAUCUGGUUUGUUCUUUCAGGGAUGUUCAACCAAGUGGUACGAAAAUUCAAAACAUUUGAGCUUAUUUUUGAGUGAAAAAACGUUUUUUUUUUAAACUUCCUGAGACUCUGAGAGUCCCUUCCUGUUGGCUGUGGACAUCCCUAAUUUGUGCAUGUUUAUAAGCAUUUCUCUCUAAAUGGAAUUUGUGAAUUGUGUUACAGUUUUUGUCAUUUUUCCAG